AUGGAUCUUGUGUGCAUCUCUGCGUCAGAGAAUCACUCCCCCGAUGCCCACGCCCUUCAUCAUGAAUCUCCAACCGUCUCUACCAAUUCCAAGAUUGCAAAGAAUAAAUUGACCAAAGAGGCUGGCCAAUCUACAUUAAAUGCUCUUCACAAGUUCACAUCACAAAUUAGAAAGCCUCCUCGUCGUAAAACUUCUCCUAUCAACUGGUUUCCGCGCAAAAAAGUGGAUUCCUACUUGAAGAGGAAAAUUAAGAUGCUUCAGGAAGUAGAUGGUAUGAAUUUGACACUUGAUCAGACUCUAGGCAGUUCUAACCCACAUUAUUCAAGAGUACUGAGAGAGAAAAUGGCUGCCAGAGAAGCAGCACACAAGGCAGUGGAGGCCCGAAGAGCUGCAUUGGUGGAAGCUUCUUGGUGUCGAAUUUUACGUGCUGCCAGGAUUCCUAGUGAUGAUGCAGAAGCUCAACUCUUAAAAGCAGAAAAAAGUGCAACAGAAGCUUUUGAGGCAGCCCAGGCUAUGGGCGUUAUCAUGUUUGACUUGCCAAAUUGCCCUAGGAAGCAUUGCCAAAUAGAGGCAUCCUCUGUUAAUGGAGAAGGAUCAUCAACCCAUACUGUUACUGCAUCUUUUGAAACUGCCUUUGAGGUAGAUAAAGAAGUUGCUGAAGCAGUCAAAACUGCAUUUAUUAAGCUUGCAAACUGCCCUUCGUUUAGUAAAGAUGAAUUCAAAGAACUACUAAGAAAAAUUAGUGAAAACCCAGAUACAGACGAAAGUAAUCAGGACUUGUCUGAGUUCUCUUCGGAGUAUGAAUAUGAGUCUGGGUCAGAACUUGAUUCAGUCUCUCAAAAGAGUGACUUCAAUUCCCAAGACUUGGAUUCUAAAAUGCCAUUUCUGGGGGUAAGUCAGAGGAAAAGCAGGAGGAGACCGUCUCUUGACUACAGAACAAAACUUGUAGAUAUGAUGGUUGAGAGGUUAAAAUGUUUGCAGGAAGAUGAACUUUCUUCUCUUGCCACUAUAGUUGCAACUUAUGGUUUAAAUGCUGCCUUAGGUGAAGUGCAGAAUAUCAAGCUGCAGAAUCCAGGAUCUGCCACUGAGAAUACCUCCUCUUCAGCAAUUGAUUUUCCAGCAAGAAGAAUGUCAUCAUUGGGAUUGGGAAAGUCAGUUUUGGAUGGGAAAAUCAGAAAAAAGCAAGUUGAGCCAGAAUUACCGAGCCUAGAUAAGUUUUUAGUUAAGCACAUGACGAAACUUGAAAGAGAGGUUUUGGAAGCCAAGAAAAAACAAAGAAAUGAGACAGAAUCAGGUAGGGAUAGCUCGGGUAAAUCUGUUGAUGGAACUCCAUCAGAGACCAUACCUGAUUUGGGAAGUAUUCUAGUGAAGAAUUGUACACAACUAGAGAAAGAUAUAAAGGAGGCAGAAAUUAAGUCGGGAAAGGAAACGCCAGGAAUUCCAAGUGGCUUGUCAAAUCGUCAAAAAGACCAUGCAGAAGUACCAAGUUUAGAUAAGGUUUUAGUAAAACAUGUCUCAAGACUAGAAAGGGAAGUCCAAGAAGCAAAGAACAGAACAAUCAAUGAGAAAUUAAGUUUGAAGAAAAAAGUUGAUCUAGAUACCUCAGGUGGACUGAAUUCAACAUUCUAUUCUGAUGAAGCAUUGGACAGGAAAGAGAACAUAAAUUCAAAUACGGAGAUUAACUUGAGUGCUGAGAAAGAGGAAAACAAAGACGGGUUGGAGAAGAUUCUUAUAAAGCCCGUGCACAGAUUGGAAAGAGAGAAGAUGGAUGCCUUGUCACUGGGUGGAAGCCAUGUUGAAAAUUAUAGGCAAAGAAAGUAUCAUGGAGCAACCAAUGUUAGGGAUUGUGAGAGCUUGGAUAAAAUUUUAGUAAAGCAUGUCUCUAGACUGGAGAAGGAGAAAAUGAAGAUCAAUUCAGGGGAAGAAUGGGGCGAAGUUAAGAGAAUUCACAGAAACAUCCAUGUGGAGACAAAUGAAGGUGGUGGUCUGGACCAAGUUUUGGUUAAACAUAAAUCCAGACUUGAGCGAGAAAAGAUGGUUGCUGCUGAGAAGCCAGAGAACCCAGUUAGCCUUUCUACGGCUCGUCGUGAAGCAAGGGAAAGAGAGUUGCAAGAAGCUUGGGGAGGACUGAGCUUAGGAAACAUCCAUGUGGAUACAAAGGAAGGUGGUGGUCUGGACCAAGUUUUGGUUAGACAUAAAUCCAGACUUGAGAAAGAAAAGAUGGUUGCUGCUGAGAAGCCAGAGAACCCAGUUAGCCUUUCUAUGGUUCGUCGUGAAGCUAGGGAAAGAGAGUUGCAAGGAGCUUGGGGAGGACUGAGCUUGGGAAACUCCAUUAAGCCUCAUCUCUCUAAGCUUGAACGAGACAAGGCUGCCUGGAUUAAAGCUGAAGAGGAGGAAAGGAAGCAGGCAAUGAAAGCAAUAUGA